AUACAGUAUCGGUAGAAGACGAAUGUCCAAAGAGAAUACCGUACUUCAGGCCAUUUGCUUCAAACCGGCCGCUGCAUCCAAAAAAUGGGACAGAAUGUAUUUUUUGUAGGCACGGAACGGCUGAUACAGUUAGUCCUUUUGCUAUUUCACGUAGCAUCAGUUUCUGCCUUUUUGUUGGGUUCCCAGACCGCAGGGCUUUCGGUUUCUGGAGGAAGAUCGAGGAAGAAACUACAGCGGCCCCAAUAUCAUUUCCUGACCCCAGCAGCCGAAUCCGACUCGCGCUUCCAAGAUAUUAAGAACAGAACAAACUGUUAUUUGUUACCUCCUAUAUCAGAUAGGAAUAUUGAACUACAGACCACGCAGGCGCUGGUUUACGACCAUGAAAAAGAUAGUUUUGUCAGGGCUUCUUCAUCGCAAGGCCUGGCGGCACUUUAUUCCGUCGAUUCUAGUUCAGAAAAAUUCUCUAUACGAAUUCAAAGGGGGAUCAAGCUUACCUUUUUGCCCGAGGGCGUUAAUAAAAGCUACUAUCAUUUUAUACGAUGGAGAUUUUUGCAGCGUUUCAUCAAUUCCAAUUUGCAUGUAUUGGGGACACAAUCUCUAAUAAUGGGGCUUGGGAUUAAGUCGGCGAAAACAUUAGGAGUAUCUGCUGCUUUGACGUGGGUAUUAAAAGACGCGCUCGGGAAGCUAACUCGGCUCCUUUGGGCUUCUCGAAUGGGUCGACGAUUCGAUUCUGAUGCAAAACGGUGGCGAUUUCGAGCUUCUCUUGUAUACGCUCUAGGGAACUAUAUGGAAAUCUUAACCUACAUCAACCCGAGCUUGUUCUUGUUGUGGGCCACUAUUGCCAACUCUUGCAAGCAAGUUGCAAUGCUGACGAGCAGCGCCACGCGGACUUCGUUGUACAACUCGUUUCGGGAUGGCAAACGAGAAAAUAUUGCCGACAUUACAGCCAAGGGUGAAGCCCAGAUUGCCACUGUUGAUUUGAUUGGAAUAGCAUUUGGCGUGUCCCUGUCUAGAUUCAUCGGGACGUCUGUGAAGAAUGUCAUGAGCACAUAUUUUAUGUUACAAAUACUAGAGAUUUUCUGUCUAUAUCGACAGAUCCGAGGAGUUGAGUACAAGGUAAUGAAUUUCGAGCGUAUGACGAAAGUGGUUGGAUCCUUUCUCGACGUUGUUGAUGAUACAGAUUGCACAACAGCAAAAUCAAACACCAAUUCAACAGUCACUGAGAAAAAGAAAAACCCUGAUAUCUUAAUUCCAUCACCUAGUGAAAUUGCACGGAACGAGCGCAUCUUUCUUCCGCCAAAACACUUAAGACGACGAACUUUGGCUUUUGGAUCUCUGGGUAGAACGAAACUUAAUCCGGAAGAGUUGUCCAAGCUUUUGGAACUCUUCGCAAAUGAAAGAUACAUUCUUGUUGUUGGUGAAAAUACGAAGAAUCCUCAGAAAAGGCACAAAAUUCUUCAAAAAGAUAGAGAGGAAGAAAAAGUUCAGCAAAGCUGUCAUAUUGUAUUACACGAAAAGGCAUCGAAUUUGGACAUUGUAAAGAGUACACUUGCAAUAUUAACCCUGCGAAGAAAGUUGUUGGCACAACACAGAGUUAAUCGUAAUACUGAAUCACUAAGAUCCAGUGAUUGUUGGGCCAUAUUGGAAGAAGUCCGGUCCAGUACGGAUCGCCUCUUUCCCUUAUUAUUGAAGCAGCUUUCCCUCCAGGGUUGGGCAUCACCAAGUCGGUCAAUGUUUGGACGAGUUUCAUGGAGAGCCUCUUGGCCUCUCCAACGCGAACCGACGAGGUCUUCUCGCAAACUGUAAUGUCUCUACUGACCUCUGGAUGACUACGAAAUAGUCACACGCACUAGAUUCACUAGAAUUUUCACAUGCGAAAAUGAAAUUGAAAGAAUCAAUCGAUUUAUGUAGGAAUAUGAAGUGAUAAAAAAGUAUCGAUACCACACAAGUUACUAUUGCUGUAUGGAGAAAUUGUCUUGUAGCAAGUGGGGUAGGCUCUCCGAUUCCACUGCACACGAUGAACCAGAUGCUUCCAGCACAAAGGAUGUAACGUCUUGCAAAAUUUCGAACGGAAGAGCUCCGCCCCCAGCUUUGUGAAGAGCGCAAAUAGUUGGUUUCCUUUUUCUGCAUGAUGACGACAACGGUUCCCCUCGAUCCAAGACAACAUGAACCUUGGCGAAUGCACAAAUUUCUUCUUCUGUGGUCGCAUCGACAAUCAAAAGAUGAGUCCUCUUGUGCUUGAGCACCGUAACAGUAACAAUUAUAGGCGCGUUCCCCACACCCAAGAUCUUUCCUGCCGCCUUAAUGUCGGAGUCGAUCUGGAGGGUAGGUUUAUUUUCCCCUCCUUGGGUCGCCGGGAUGACGGAUAUUCUGGGCAACAAUGUCUGCUGCAAUGCUGCAUGAAUUCCUUGGCUACAAGCAUCGAUGAGACUGCCACCACCAGAGUUCACGACGAACAAAUCGAUGUUGAGUUUCCAGGCAAAGUACCCCGGAGCGAUGCAUAAAUUCCUCUUGUCCACUAGGUGAGGUACAAGCAAAUUCGAUAUCGUCGAUUCCAAGUCGUCGUCUUGAGUAUUCGUUCCCUUCACACAGUCGACAUGAACUUCUACAGCACCUUCCGUAGGGGCAGAACUGGCUGGCACUGCCAUCUCCGCCUUAAUCGACACCAGAACAUGGUUCUCUUUGGUCGCUAGAAAGAUUCUAGCCGAUCCAUAGGACAGAGCGAAGUCGCCCACUACGGAAGAAUAGAGCCUAAAGUCUCUGCGCGAUCUUCCGUCAGCACGGCAAUCGUCCUGACAGCCAUCGAGUAUAAAGUUUGACUCGGCGCUCGAAAUUGCCAUCUUUGAUAGAUUUUGCUUCUGCUGGGGGCAGUGGUUGCUUUCCGUUCCUAAAGGUAGUCAGGUUGGUGUGCUUCGUUGGCUUUUCCUGUUUGGUUUUUGUCGGUGUUCUUCCAUAAUUUCUUCUGGCAGAGAAACUGAUCAGAUUUUUUUCCCGAAUUGAAACAGUAGUGGGUGAUUUCCGGUUUCCGAUUUCUUAUGAGAGUGUUGUGAGCGACGCACAGACGCAAGAAACAAAGACCUGAAACUAUUGAACCACUUGCCCUCCGAACUACGGUAACAAACAGCCUUGCCCUCAUUCUUGAAGUAUUGCAGCAACAAAGUACCAUGGUGAGAUGUGACUCUAAGGUAAAGGAAUAUGCAGAAUACAAUAAAGAUUCACCCGACACCUUAGAACCAUUGAACCACAUACCUUCAAAGAAAUAACAAGAAGUUGUGUGUACUAGAAUAAAGAGUUAGUAUCGUA